CCGGCCCGCGCCCCCCGGGCGCCGCGGGCCCAGGCGGCCCGGAUGGCGGUGCGGCGGCCGGGGCAGGGGCUGGGGCCGGCGCGGGCGGCAGGCGCGGCCGCCACUGACGGGCAGUCGGGCGCCCCAGCAGCAGGAGCGGUUCAAAAUCGGGGGGCCCGUGCGCCCCCCCACCCCGUGCCUGGCCCGGCGCCCCAUGCCCGUUGCUUGCCUGACGCACAGACGGAGGCCGUGUGGCUGACCACCGCGCGCCCGCAGGCCGAGGAUGCAGCGCUGGAAGGCGGCGGCCUUGGCCUCGAUGCUCUGCAGCUCCGUGCUCUCCGUCUGGCUGUGUCGCGACGGCCUGCUGCUCAGCCGCCACCUGGGCCCCGCGCUCACCCCGCUGCGCCGGCCGCCGCGCACCCUGGACGCCCGCAUCGCGCGCCUGGCCCAGUACCGUGCCCUGCUGCAGGGCGCCCCGGACGCCGUGGAGCUGCGCGAGCUGACGCCCUGGGCCGGGCGGCCCCCAGGUCCGCGCCGUCGGGCGGGGCCCCGGCGGCGGCGCGCGCGUGCGCGGUCGGGCACGCGGCCGUGCGGGCUGCGCGAACUCGAGGUGCGCGUGAGCGAGCUGGGCCUGGGCUACGCGUCGGACGAGACGGUGCUGUUCCGCUACUGCGCAGGCGCGUGCGAGGCGGCCGCGCGCGUCUACGACCUGGGCCUGCGGCGCCUGCGCCAGCGGCGGCGCGUGCGGCGGGAGCGGGUGCGCGCGCAGCCCUGCUGCCGCCCGACGGCCUACGAGGACGAGGUGUCCUUCCUGGACGUGCACAGCCGCUACCACACGGUGCGCGAGCUGUCGGCGCGCGAGUGCGCCUGCGUGUGACCCUACCUCACCCGGCCCGGCCCGCCGGCGGCCACGCCCCCCCGCCCCGACGGCGCGCCCGGCCGGCUCGCGACAGACUGCCCAUGCGCAGGAGAUGCCCUCGGGGCCUCGGGACUCUCGCGAUAACCGUGCCGAGAUAAAGCGGUGGAAAAUCGA